AAAGUACCUGGCCAAGACAGGCCACUUGCGUGUACAAUGUACAUCCACCAGGCCACACUGUUGGCAACUUUUUGGCAAGGGAACGUGGAGAGGGUAAUUUCCCCCUCGCGUGGUGGAAGGACGAACACGGAAGUUGCUACGCAUAGUUGACUGGCAUCAAAAGCAGCCAAUCGUGUAUUCCUCAUGUUAAGACUUAUCCAAUGAAACAAGCGGUGAUAAUUUCUCCGAGUACGUCCAACUUCAGCGUUGUGUUAACAACAUUUGUCGAUCUGAAGGCAAGCAGGAAAUUAAGAUGGCGAGUCAUGCGACAGAUACAUCAGGGAACGUUGAAAAGGACAGUACGUCUAGCGGACGUAUAAUUUCAGGUGUCACCCAGAAUGUCACAGAAACCGAUGCUUUUUACAGCUCUGUCUCCCUGGACCCUGGCGAAGAGUACAAGAUGAGCCACAAAAAGAGAGGCCUGGUCCUCAUCUUCAAUCAGGAGCACUUCUUUUGGCGUCUGGGGAUGCCUCCAAGGAAUGGCACCAACAUGGAUCGACACAACUUGGUCCGAAGAUUUGAGGUGUUGGAGUUUGAAGUGAGAGCAUAUGAUAACCUCAAACUGGAGGAGGUUUGGACCAAGAUAAGUGAAGCUGCCGAGGACGAUCAUACGGACUCUGACUGCUUUAUCUGUAUUUUCCUGAGUCAUGGGGAGAAUGAUCAUGUCUUUGCCUAUGAUGGGAAGAUUUGCAUUCAGGAUAUCACGGGUCUUUUCAAAGGAAAAAAAUGCCCAAGCCUUGCCGGGAAGCCCAAGAUAUUCAUCUUACAGGCGUGCCGUGGGGACAAACAUGAUGAGCCAGUUACCCCCAUGGAUGUGGUGGACCAUGACACAAAGACCAAUGAAGUAGAGGUUGACGCGGGGGUUGUCUACACUCUGCCCUCUGGGGCAGACUUCCUCAUGUGCUACUCAGUGGCAGAGGGAUAUUACUCCCACCGUGAAACAGUCAAUGGCUCAUGGUACAUCCAGGACCUGUGUGAGGCCCUGAAGGAGCACGGCCACACCCUAGAGGUCACUGAGCUUUUGACACUAGUCAACCGCAAAGUGUCCCGGCGCAGUGUUGGCCGAUGCAACGAUCCUUCUGCCAUCGGAAAGAAGCAGGUGCCUUGUUUCGCCUCAAUGCUCACCAAGAAGCUCUACUUCAGGCCUAAGAGUGAUUAGUGUCUCCAGUCGUCUGUAACACACAGGGGGUUCGUGACUUCUAAAGGGUUUUUAUUAAUGUUUCUCAUCAUGACAUCUAUUCCAAGUCAUGACUGUCGGCUACAGAUAAUCAGACACAAUGGUGCAUAAUAUUGUGAAGUUCAAAAGUCCUUGCUAGCAAAAUUUAAACUUUGAUUUUAAGAUUCUUCUCCAUAUCCUUUUCACAGAAAACGACUACAUUAUGGGAAGAUUGCUGGGUUGAUCAAAUUCAUAAUAUUACAUAGUACCUCAUGAUUUCCUCAUACCCAAUUGAGCACAGGAGAAUGCAAGGCAACCAACAUAUGGUUGCAGCAGGGGCAUAUAGUGAAUGAUUUACAUUCUCCACGUUUUGGGGGAAACCUAAAAGUGUGUAGUAACGUAUGGGUCUUAAUUAUGUACAGGUUUUAAGACCAUUUAUCUGAUAUGAACACUAAUUUGUGGGGUAGAAGAUAUCCUGUGGAGUCAAUAACCAGCUUCAAAACCCCCGAAUUUCUUGAGAACCAAAACCUGAAAUACCAGUUCAUUUUAUAAUGCCAUGGCCUUCCAAUCAUGCAUUUGCUGUUGUACCUACAUGGACCUCCACUGUGUGCUUUCAAAAAAGGGAAUUACUGUUAGUUGUUGUCACUCCAACUUUGAUGCGUUAAACCCUUUUUACCAUAUUCAUUUCCACUGGAGUGCCUUGUUCUCUCAGCAUUAACACACUGCUUAAAUAUGGAAAGUACCUCAGGGAGUGGGGUGGCUUGAGCUGUGGUAACCUGCUGCACUUCUGAGAUUCCUGCUUCACCACAGGGCUGAAACAAGAGCUUGACACACACUCACUUUUGCUGAGUCAUCUAUGCGAGUGUCUCACUCCGUGGGCCUCUACUAUUAAUUCAGUGGAACAAAUAUUUACACUGGUACCCAAAUUGAAAGUGCUGGGUAAAAGCCUUUCUAUAUGUAGCAAAAUGAUAGUGACCAGAAAGGAUUCCACAGUAAGAUGUACUGAUUCUGUUUUUGCUACACAAGUUAACACAAACAUACACCGAUGAUUGUGCCUUUUGUACACAUUUAACAACCACUCAGGACCAUUUCAGGGCUAGAUUUAUUACUGUCCUGUUUUUUUUAUAUAGCACAUUCCUAUAGCCUUUCAGAGCAAUAAUUAAGGCCACCAUAUUCGGUACCAGUUAUGGUGGCAUCAUUAAAAUCUGAAAAGGCUUGGCUUGGCUAUAAUGUGUCAUAAGGUAACAACUGGUCAGGAGAAUUCUGUUUAAGAGUCAUAGUCCUUGAAAUGAACUAUUAAACAGAGCCACACAAUCAUUCCUCAUGUUGAGUGUAUCUGUACUUUAAGCCGAUGUUUACGAUACCUGUAUGGUGAUGGGGGUUUGCACUAUCCAUGAGUUUUGAAGACUCCCUUGUAUUUCGUUUACUCUUUUUAAGUGCAGUUGGGUAAUGUACUAUGUGGUGUAAUUUUAGAUUGAUUAAGUUGACUAGUUGAGGUGCAAUAAAAAUGAAGAUUUUUACUUCAA